CUCCCCGCCCGUGGAGCCUUCCAGAAGUCGCCGGCAGACUCGUGCGGCUUGCAGCUUAGCCACACUCCAGCUUUCACCAUAAAAUCCAACCAUUUUCUCCGUUAAACACCCACUUAAAGUCAUAAUACCUCGGUCAGAAUGUCCUCCCUGGGGACGCUCGCUUUCGAUGAGUAUGGGAGACCUUUUAUCAUCAUUAAAGACCAGGAUAAGAAGACACGUUUGUCGGGGAUUGACGCAUUGAAGUCUCAUAUUAUGGCAGCCAAGGCUGUUGCGUCAACUCUUAAAACAUCCCUGGGACCUAAUGGCCUUGACAAAAUGAUGGUUGACAGGGAUGGAGAGGUGACUGUCACUAACGAUGGAGCCACUAUUCUCAGCAUGAUGGAUGUGGACCACCAGAUUGCCAAACUUAUGGUGGAGCUCUCCAAGUCACAGGAUGAUGAGAUUGGUGAUGGGACCACUGGAGUUGUUGUGCUAGCUGGGGCUCUGCUUGAGCAGGCAGAACAGCUGCUUGAUCGGGGGAUCCAUCCCAUCAGGAUUUCUGAUGGUUACGACCAGGCUGCACACAUUGCCAUUGAGCAGCUGGACAAAAUUGCAGAAACUCUACCCUGCGACCCCAAUAAGACAGAACCUCUCAUUGAGACUGCUAUGACAACGCUGGGUUCCAAAAUCAUCAACCGAUGCCAUAGACAAAUGGCAGAGAUUGCAGUAAAUGCCAUCCUUACUGUGGCAGAUAUGGAGAGGAAGGAUGUAGACUUUGAGCUCAUCAAGAUGGAGGGAAAAGUUGGAGGCAAGCUGGAGGACACACAACUCAUCAAAGGAGUCAUUGUUGAUAAGGAGUUCAGCCAUCCGCAGAUGCCCAAGGUUCUAAGAGAUGCAAAAAUUGCCAUCCUUACCUGCCCGUUUGAGCCCCCUAAGCCCAAGACUAAGCAUAAGUUGGAUGUGACCUCUGUGGAGGACUACAAGGCCCUGCAGAAGUAUGAGAAGGACAAGUUUGAGGAGAUGAUCCAACAGGUCAAAAGCAAUGGUGCAAACUUGGCAAUUUGCCAGUGGGGCUUCGACGAUGAAGCCAAUCAUCUCCUGCUGCAGAACGAGCUGCCGGCUGUUCGCUGGGUUGGAGGGCCUGAGAUUGAGUUGAUAGCCAUUGCCACAGGAGGGCGCAUCGUGCCUAGGUUCUGUGAGUUGACACCAGAGAAACUUGGCACAGCUGGUCUGGUGAAGGAGAUAUCUUUUGGUACCACAAAAGACCGCAUGUUGGUGAUCCAGGAGUGUAAAAACACCCGUGCUGUAACUAUUUUCAUCCGUGGUGGCAACAAAAUGAUCAUCGAAGAGGCUAAGCGUGCUCUCCAUGAUGCCCUGUGUGUUAUUCGCAACCUGGUCAAAGACAACCGUGUGGUGUACGGAGGAGGAGCUUCAGAGAUUGCAUGUGCUCUGGCUGUCAACCAGGCUGCAGAUGAGUGCCCGUCAUUGGAACAGUAUGCCAUGAGGUCAUUUGCUGAUGCUCUAGAGGUAAUCCCCAUGGCCCUGGCUGAGAACAGUGGGCUGAACCCAAUCCAGACCAUGACAGAAGUCAGGGCCAGACAAGUCAGAGAGAACAAUCCCUUCUUGGGCAUCGACUGUCUGCACAACAACACCAAUGACAUGAAGCAGCAGCACGUUGUUGAGACUCUGAUUGGCAAGAAGCAACAGAUCCUGCUUGCCACCCAAGUGGUAAAGAUGAUCCUGAAGAUCGAUGACAUCCGAAGCCCGGGAGAGAGUGAGGAUUGAAAGCCUCCUAUUAAUGUUUCUGAGCUGCUCUAGAGGUUGAAGGCACUUCCCAGAGCACUGUGUACAACCCGCACUGCUUACUAGUAUUUAUCAUUUGAUACAAAAUGUUCAAACUGUUGAUGUAUCAAAGUCUCCAUUAAAAUGUUGGUCUGUA